AUCAGUGCAUUUUGAUUGUCAGGUUGCCGUGAUGCAACGACCUGUAGUGUUCUUGACGGCCACCCUGGUGGCCGUCGCAGUGGCCGUGCCUGCGGCCGCCUCUGAAAACGUGCUGGACAGCAGCAAACUGUGCAAGCGUCUGUGCCGCGACGGGCUUGGCGGAAAACUGUGCGGCUGCGACCCAAAGGCCAUCGGCAAGGAAAUGUCGCAGGACAUGUACAUCUGGCGAACCUCCCACCCUGAAGAACACGUCAUCAAAGGUCCGAGGUGGGGCGUGUGCAUGGUCCUGUGCCACCUGGGACUCGGACAACCACUCUGCGGUUGUGAAAUCAGAAAUUCUUCGCUCGAAGCAGCCGAGAGGCAAAGGGAAGUAUGCAACUUGUGCGAGCUGGCUACGAAUGGAGAUGAAAUUUACUCCAAAUUGAAAUGUGACAGCAAUCAAUGCAGCAAGCCGGGGCCGCAAAAGAAGACAAUUCCUAAUGAGAUCGGGGAAAUCGAUCUUGUCGACGGGCCAUUCUCGUUCCAAUUCCUGCAGACCAUGGUCGACUGGAAUCUUUGGUGCAUCAUCCAGUGCGAGGAAGGCGACGGUGGCAUCGCUUGCGAUUGCGACAUGCUUCCUUUACAAUUUGAAAACAAAAAGCUAAUGCAGAUCAAUUAAUUUGAACGAACAAAUCAAAAUAUAUAUGUACCGACUCUGGCGUCUUGGGAGACAUAUUAACUUAACCAAACAAUUAUUUAACCGCAAGUAUACGUGUUUUCAAUCAAUUGAUGGUGUCUAUUUUUAUAAU